AUGGCAGUGCAAGGACCAGGCCGGAACGUGCCGGACUUCUGCGAGGCUGUCUGCGGGGAUGGUUUGCUGGUGCUGGGCGAGGAGUGCGACGAUGGCAAUGUGGCAACCGGAGAUGGUUGCGGCCCGAACUGCCUCCUGGAGCAACAGGGCACUUCCUGCCCACCGGCCUCAGACGGCCUCGGGGGAGUCUGCCGGGCCACCUGCGGCGACGGCGUUCGAGGCCCGGUGGAGGAGUGUGAUGAUGGGAAUUCUGUCAGCGGGGACGGCUGCUCCGCCACCUGCCAAGUGGAGAGGGGAUUCACGUGCUCCGGUGGUGGCUUGAAGAGCAUGGACACCUGCUGGCCGAUUUGCGGAGACGGCCUGCGAGUGGACCGAACCUACGCACCGACCCUUGCAGCUGAUAAGUUGGAGGGCUGCGACACCGGGCCACUACCCUCGAGAGGCUGCGAUGCCAGCUGCCAGGUCCGAGUAGGCUGGAGAUGCGCUCGGCCCCAGGGCCAAGGCGAGGAGGUCUGCGUCCCGGUUUGUGGCGAUGGCAUCCUCUCGACACCCAUGGAAGAAUGCGACGACAUGAACCUGCAGUCAGGCGAUGGAUGUAGUCCAGAUUGCAAAGUGGAGGCCUUCUUCGAGUGCACCUAUGAUGACUUCUGGCUGCGAUCCGUCUGCAAGGUGCACUGCGGGGACGGACGCAAGCACCCGUCCGAAGCCUGCGACGACGGGAACGUCUGGGAUGAGGAUGGCUGCUCCUCCAACUGCCAAGCCGAAGCUGGCUUUGAGUGCCUAGGUGGUGGUUUGACCUUGCCGUCAACAUGCAUUCCGAUCUGUGGUGAUGGCUACGAGGUCUUUGGAGAGGGCUGCGAUGAUGGCAAUCAGAACCCCUGGGACGGCUGCGAUCAGUUCUGUCAGGUGGAGCAAGGCUACCACUGCACCCGCGCACCGAAGCCGGGUCAAACAGGGGCUGCUUCCGCAUGCUCGCCAACCUGUGGCGAUGGUCUGCUCAACGGCGAAGAGGAGUGCGACGGCAGCUACAGCCCUCUUCCAGGCAACACAACGGAGCCGCCUGUGCCUUGCUCGAGGUGCAGGCUGUUGGCGGUGGAUGUUUGUGGUGACUUCCGACGUGGCCCAACAGAGCAAUGUGAUGAUGGCAACAAUGCAAGCGGAGAUGGUUGCAGCUCGUCUUGCGACGUGGAAACAGGCUGGAGCUGUUCGCAAGGCCCGAGUCACCUAUCACCAGGUGUAGCUCCAGGCGAUACAUGCAGGGCCAUCUGUGGCGACGGCAUCGUUGUAUCUACGGAGGCUUGCGAUGAUGGCAACCUCCGAGGGGACGAUGGCUGCACUGGAGACUGUCGCGUCGAAGCGCUCUUCGAGUGCUUCUUACCAGGUGCAGCUCAGCUCCUGGAGGUGCCUGAGCCUGCCCGCACCAACCGAGGGCCCAUGGCCUCUGUCUGUGUCAGCACCAAGCCACCGCGAUUCGUAGGCGCUCACUUCGACGAAGCCUUUGUGUCUCUGGAGCUCAACUUCGACAGCAAUGUUGCGCCUCUGCCCGGCGAGGAGCAUUCCGGUGGUGUUGCUACGGCCGUUCCAGCCUUUCCAUGCGAGGUGCUGCUUGAUCCGUUGACUCUGUUGUUGCUUGGAGACGAGCCCAGCUGCUGGUGGAAGUCCCGUCAGUCCGCGGCUGUGGCCAUGGGUGGUAGCCUAGGCAUACUGCCGGGCAGUGGCGUCUUGCUCAAGGCCGGCGUGUUGCGGAGCUACACUUUCGCGAAGGAAGCUGCGGCGGCACAGGAAGUGAAGGCAGAUGUUCCAGGAGGUUUCAUCGCUCCUGUGUUGUGGCCAAGGCCCAUCAUCACCGGAGCACAGAUGGCUCCGGCCUGUGCUGAUGUCACUGUUCUGAGCUCCGAGUACAGCCAGGGCUUUGCUGGCCGCAUGGCCAUGCCCCCUCGCUGGGCGGUAGUAGCGGCCUUCAACAUGACUGCUGCUUCCUGGGACUCUGCAGAAGUUGAACGGAUCCAACGUGGAAUGGAGAUGCAAUUUCAGGAUGCCGAGGUAUACCUGCCACGACAGGGAGUUCUGCUGAGUCUCCUGGACCUGGAGUUCGAUCGCAGCAUUCGGGUUGGUUUCAUCUACCGCAUUUGCCUUCGACAGCAAAACAUGCUGGACCUCGUCGGCAUCGGCUGCCACAACCUGGAGAUCAACGAGCUGCCAGUACCGCGCGUGGUAACUGCUGUUCCACAGCACCCGAUGGCGCUCAUGGAGGGGCGGUGGUUGCAGCUGGAGGUCAAAGCAGAGCUUCCGCAGGGCUGCGUCACGGGCGAUCCUCCACGGCCGACGACACUUCUGGCAGCCUCUGCUCCGGAACCUACGCACAGCUUGCGGCUGGAGGAGCCACUAAGGCUGGUGCGGGCACUUUGGUCCUUUGACACGUCUCUUCGCAAUGCUUUAGGAGAGGCAAUUUCUGUCCCCCUGCUUUCAUCUUCUCGAUCCGUGGGUGAGGAGCGAUACGGCAACCGAAGUGUGGCAAGUCAGCUUUUCCUCCGUCCCGGCACUCUGCCGACAGGAUACGUCAACGUCUACAGUCAAGUUUGUGUUAAUGCAUCCAAGAACCUUACGGAGACAGAGGUUUUACUGGGCCUGCUUCCAACCGAAGAGGUCUGUGGCUACACGACCUUCGCCGUAAACCACCUGUCACUCCCCGUGCCGCCGCUAUCCCUGACCACUGAAAGGCCAUGGAGACGCGUCGCAGAGGUUGGCGAGGUCUUAGCUGCAGCAGCGGCCGGCGCCGAACUGCGCCUGGUGGGAACGCCACCUGCUCCGGGAGCUGCUCCGCAGGGCCCGCCCGUAGAGGCAGAAGUGGGCGUGGACUCUUUGGCCCUCCAGCGCCUGCGGGUCUUGGAGGAUGUGGGAAACAAUGCAAUGCGUGCAGAGGAGCUGCAGUAUGGCUGGCUGGGAGCAGUGGAGCCCGAGGAUAGCACCACGGUGUUGGGGGCAAUCCUCGUGCCUCCCAACACGAGCACCUAUGCUCCGCAAUUGCUCUCCAAAGCAAUGGCAGCCCUCGUUCCAGUCGUGACAUGGUCUGUGACAGCAGCGACACGCAAUGGUGCUGCCGUGGUUGUUGAGCCGAUAGCAAGCCAACCUUCUGCUGGAGGUGGCUUUCUCAGCAUUGGCCCUGGGCAGCUGGCCCCGGGAUCCGAGAUCCUCGUCGAAGUGGAGAUGGCCUUGGUUCCGCCUGGAGAUGCAGGCUCCAGCAGCUGCCCUGUGCCUUUGCGCACGAUGCGGCAAGAGGCAGUCCUGGCGGUGAACUUGCCGCCGGCAGCAGGCUAUCUCAAGGUGGAAGAGAGCCAGGUGAACUCGCCGCUUCGGACCCUCAUGUUGGAGAACAUGCGCUGGUCUUCAGAAGUUCUACCCCUCCAGUACCGCUUUGAGGCUGCCCACCUCCAAGCACAAGGCGAGCGCCGACUGUUCCUGAGCGACUGGUCCUACGAUCCCAAGUUGACUGUGGUUUUCCUGCCCCGCACAGAGGAGAAGCUGCUCUUGCGUGGACAGGUUCGAGACGGACGUGGUACUUUCGCCGCUACUGCGCCGGAGACGGUCCAGUUGAUCUCGAGUGCUUCUGAUGAGAGCGGGCUUCGUGCAAUCACUGAGUUUCAGCAGGGCCGGAUGUCAGCCGCCGACUACUCUUCAAGGAAGGUUGGGGAGUCAAUCGCGCAGAUCCAAGCAGCGGCUGCAGAUCUGGAGCCCCUCCAGCAGCUGCAACUCUGGCAGGAUGUUGCGUUUGCAGCUUUGAGCGAUGCGGACAACAUCACUGUGAGCAACUGCUCGAAGGACUGCGGACCCAACGGAGCAUGUCCGGAUCCGGAGUACGUGGUAAUGGUCGGCAAUACCGUGGUGGCGGCGAAUGCCAGUCCAAACACGCCGGUCUCCGGCGGGGAAAGGCUGCUGCAGGUGCAGAGUUGGACUCGCUGCGUUUGCAACACCGGCUGGCAGGGCCAGGCUUGUGAGUCCCGGACCUUUGAGGCCCAGUCGCAGGAACUCCUGACAAAGACGGUGACAGAGGCCCUGCAGGGCCUCUUGGGCUCGGCACACCAGCUGCAGGUGCUCGGGAUCACAUAUAAGCAAGGAGCACUGGCCAGGCUCAUGAGACUGCUCGGGCGUCUUUGUGAGGACUGUCGGCGGGUCUCCUUGAAUGUCUUGGCAUCCAUCACUGGCCUCGCAGCAGGCCUGGCGGCGGCGUUGCCGAAGGCGGCGCUGCGCGUCGCCGCCACAGACACGGCUGCCUUGAUGUCGCGGAUCUACUCAUGCCUCCCAGACGAGGCUCCGAGCAACUCCAUGGCUCAGAUGCCAGCACCUGCUACGGUGCUGCUCACAGCUUUGGGCAGCAGUGAGGUUUGUCGACCCAUCAACGGGACAAACACCACGGUCUGCUACGACCUGGCGAGCUCCGAGGUUCAGAUGACGUGCCCAUCGGCCGGAAGACAGUAUCAGGCCGACAUCUACCUGAACCCAAGCACGGCCACAUCGAGCGGCGUGGAGGUGAGCUGCCGUGCCAACCUGAACUUGGGCCUUUCGGAGCCCUAUCCAUGCCCGUGCUCGGUGCCCGAAGGCACCUUCUUGGGCUUCGGGCGUUCUGGCAAAGAGCCGUCGCUGAGCGAGACCCUGGGUUUGAGAAACGAGAAGGACAUCCUUUGGCGAGAGCUGUUGAAGCUGUUCUGGAACAACACCAAGUACGGAGGAAACGGGAGCUCGAUUCGGGUUCCCCAGCCCGGGCCAGCCUUGGCGGCAGCUUUAUGGCUGGAGGAAACCGGUGCUCCCACGAGCGAAGUGUCAGCCGCUCUCGCACAGGCGGAGCACUGGCGCUUGGUGCAGCAAGGCACCUUGGCAGCGCUGCAGACUCUGGGCGAGAGCCUCGUCGCUGCCUUGCUGGCGGGAGUCCACCCUGGCCAGGCCGCUCGGAGCGUGGAUGCCUUGCCCAUGGUGGCAUCCUGGGCCGCACCGAGCGUCAUGGAGACCAAUGCCUCGCAGGGCAGGAUGGGAAUCGCCUCGGUGCCACUGGACUCCCUCGGGACGCGGAUCGAGUUGGAGUACCAGGCGUCAGAUGAGACUAUCUCUGGCACCAGGCUUCCUGGUGCUCUUCCAUACAAGGUGCCACUGGGGGCACUCCGAUGGAAGAACAAGAGUCACAACCUCUACUCGAAGAUGGAUCCUUCUGUGCGUGUGCACAGUGACGUGGUGCAGCUGCAGCUGCUGGCGGAGAGCUCGCAGACUUCGAGUUCCAACCUGACCAAGCUGCGGUAUCACUUUAUGGUGCCUGAACUGCCACAGCCGAAUCGGUGUGAAGCCCUGCGGCCCACGAAGGACCGGCUGGAGCUUUGCUGCAAUGCCUCCCGCUCAUCCAUAGGUUCGUUCGCUGACUUCUCUUGCCUGCGUCCAUUCGAAUCUUCGCAGGCGUCAGUUGUCUCUGCCCGACGGCUGGAGGACCGCAGUGGCAAUGACCAGGUGGCAGAUGGGCGGAGGCUCCAGAGUCAAGCGAAGGAAGCAGCCCUGGUGCAGCUGUUCGGCCGCCGUGUGCCCUUUCAAGCAGGACUCGAGGACCUGCUGGAGGAUGUGCGAAUUUGGACGGCCUCGACCCAACGGGUCAUGUUGGCAGGCACGCGUCUUCGACUGCAAGGAGGGAACAUGAAGGUGCAGCGUGCCUGUGACAGCCGAGGAAAUGCGGCUGAACGACUCCUCGUACGAGAAGGUCUUCUUUUGCAAGAACCCGAUGCAGGCUGGUCAACAGACGCAUGGUGCCGGACGGUGUUUGACCGUGCGCGGCUGCUACAGUCAUCUGUGCCGAGCUGGCAGACCUUUGCAGAUGCACUGCUCCAGGCAGCAGAGGAGGUGGAGGCGGAUCCGUCCCUGGUGCCGACCUCCAGCACUGUCACCACAAGCACGACAACAUCCACAACAUUAUCCACACUCACCGGGACCACCUCCACCUACACUGGAACCCAAACUAGCAACACCACCACGACCGCGACGAGCAGCACCAGUAGCUACUCCUCCACCGCAUCCUUUACAUCAUCAACACACACGUCAUCGACCAGCACGAUGAGUCGGACCUCGACCCGAAGUCUUACCACAACGACAAGCCUCACAUUGAGUACCACAAGCAGCACAGACUCCACCACAACCCAGAACAUCACCACGUCUUCCACGACCUCCGCUACCACGACAGAGAUACCCUGGUGCUCACGUGGAGACCAAGCUCAGAUUGACACCUGGUGCCCAAGCGGGGUGACGCUGGAGACUGAGCUGCCAGUCUACGCUGAUGCUGAGCUUGCAGACGAGCAGGGCGUUCUGCUUUUCGGCGUGUUUGGGGUGCAGCUGUCCAUGCAGGGGAGCUCUGCUUUGACAGUGGGACUGCCACCUCCUGGCCAGCUGACCCUUUUGAGUACGGAGCGGAGCCUCGUGUUCCUACAUGCCAUGGCUCUGAUCUACACAAGUUGGAUUGACUCUUGGGUGGAGGCACACGAGCUUUCUAACGCAAGCUAUGUUUUGAGACAUUGGGCGCCGGAGCCAUCGACCUUGACGACCAGCAGCACGACGUUUACUGGCACCUCCUCCACGGCCACCACGAGCACAACCACCAGGCCGGUGGUGGCUUUCCCUCAGCCGCAGCCCGCUUCGGCCUCCGGGGCCGUCCUGUCGACCUUGGAAGUCGUCUUCUCGGAUCCUCUGGAGCUCCUGACUCGAGCCUUGCAAAUGGAUCUGGAGAACAACGACGGCCUUCCAAGGCUCACCGACAGCUCCAGCUCUGGAUCUUUGGCGAUCCGUGGGAUGGCCACCUCCUCACUGCUGCACAGCUGGUGUGAGGUGCCUGCGCUUGCUCCUACCCAGCGCCUGGCUGACGUGCUGGCUGCUCUCGAGCCCAUCGUGCUGAACUUGAAUGAUACCACAGGCCUCAGACCGCUUCACACGGUGCUGGCUGCCUUGGAGGAGGGCCUCCCAUCAGAGUGGGAUGCCAACUACUGGAGCAAUGCACCCGGCGGACCAGGUUGGGAACCACCACUUCCCACUGCCACCUCCACGACUUGGACCAGCACAUCGACCAUCGACAUGGAGUCUGUACUCUGUCCGGACGUAGAGUGCCUGCCGCCUGAUGACUGCGGCCUGGAUCCUCUGAUGGACUUGGAGUGUGUCGCCUGGUCGGCGCCCUUGCGGCGCUUUGUGCCGGCCUUGGGCUGUGAACUCGUGGCCCAGCCAGGCCGUCAGUGGCCCAUUGUCCAGCAAGGUAGCUUGGAGGUCGUUUGCGAAUGCGAAGCUUGGGCGCUGCACCCUGCUAUGGCCGUGGCUUCCAAGCUGCCAGCCUUGACGCCUUUCCCGCCGCAAGUACAGAUUCAGACGCGGGAAGUUGCCGUUUUCUGGUUGGACAAGGCCCACAGCUACAACUUGCGCGGCCUCUUCAUUCCUCCGGUGCUGCUGCUCGUGGCGGCACUUCACCUUCUCCUGGCCAUCUACGCUGAGGUCCGUUGGCGCUCACAAGCGCGGUGGGUGGCGAUGCGCACCAUGCGAGCAAAGGGCGUGCAGGUUGAGGUGCAACAGCUCGAUGCUGAGGAGAAGGAUUUCAUCCGACGCCGUGCCGCGGAGAUCCGAGCCACAGGCGAGUUCAGCGCCGCCAUCUGCGCCGCCGAGGCGCAGGAGAUCGUGCGACGGGCGGAAGGCCUGCCACAUGCGUCCACCUCGGCAGCAGCACGGCUCGACAUCCGACAGGCCAAGGAUGGCCUGGCCACGCUCUUCCAGGCGCAUGGCCUGGGAGACGUUGAAGACGACGAGGUUCGAAGGCCACCACCUCUGGCUCUGAUGGGCCCAGGCGGCCUACAGCCGCCAGGCACGACCGUGGUGACUUCCUCCUUGUCCAAAGCCACACCGUCAUUGCUCACACCAAGCGCCCGGAUGCCGAGUGCCACAGGAUCGCCCAUGCAAGCGCUCUCGCUCCGUGAUGCCUCGCUACGAGAUGCUGCUCAAGAGGUGGGAUUCCGCCCGGAGGAGGCAAUGAUCUCCUCUAAGCCACCGACAAAGCCAAGGCGGGGGCUCCGUGGCAUGAUCGUCGACGGGGUUUGGAGGUGCAGGCGAAAGCACAUCUGGCGAGCCUGCCUCACACACCACAAGAUUUUCUUUCUGUCUGACGACUCACAGACCUUUAUCUUCAGUGCACCAGAGCGAGCUGCGAUGUUGCAUGCGAGCCUUUGGAUCAAUGCGGUGUGGCUGUCUGUGGUGCUGGGUGGCUUCGAGCACCGUCGACCUUUUCAGGAGCCCGCUUGCCUAAGGGAUGCUGAUGAGUUUCGCCUUGCAGAGGUUGGAUGCUUGUUUGAGUCUGCCUCCGUGGGCUUGGCGGUGCUAGCAGCAGCGCUCACUCCUCCUGUGGCCGGAGCUCUGCAAACAUUCUGCCGGGGUCGGAGUUUCGUCGUGAGAGCGAAGGACCUCUCGGUCGAAGAUCGUGACAGAGCCUUCACGCGCCACUUUCUAGGUCCAUGGCCAUCUGUACUGAUGGCGCCAGCAGAAGCCAAGGUGCGUCUGUGGAAUGUCUUCUGCAACAUCUGCCGCUUUUGCUGCCCCCGCGGGUGCCCCCGGCCACGGCGGCGGAAGCUGCUGCCACUACACUGGUGGCCGUCCCUGGUGCUCCCCAGCCUGGUGCUGCUUAUUUGCCUCGUGGCGUGGAGACUGUGCUUCUACAUGUUCCAUUUCUCCACCUCGAUAUACAUGUGGGAAACCACUCAGACGGAUCAGCCUGGGCGCGUUGAGAUCCAGCUCCCUCCAGAUGAGCAGGCGGAGGCCUCUGCAGCCGGUGCCGAUGAGACUUGGCAACUACGCCUGGUCCUAGUGCCAGAGAUGCAGCGCUACAUCGUACUGCUGGCGAUUAGUUGGUUCUUGAACCUGUUGCUGUUCGAGCCGCUUAUGCUGAUCCUGCACUUGUUUGUGGGAGAGCCCUCUGUGGAUGAAUGCUUGCGGCCUGUGCUGCCGAUUAUACUGCUAGUGCCACGGGCAAUGAGUGUCUGUUGCAGUGUGCUUGGGAAAUGUCUUGAUCGACUGGGCUCGUGCCUGCAACGCUUCUGGCCAGAGAGAUUGGUCCUGAAGGUGAGAAGCCUCUGUGGGCCUUGCAGCAGCUGCAAGCGCUGGUGCCGCUUCCGAAGCUGCCGAUGGUGCCGCUGCAAGCGGACCGAAGUGGAGCCAAUCUCACCGCCGGACUUGACAGAGACGAUCGAGUCCGAGGACGAAGACGAGGCCUCAAAGAAGGACAAGAAAGGCAAGAAGAACAAAAAGGCGGAGCGCGCCGAGAAAGGGAAGAAAGAAAGCAAGGCAGAGACAACAUAG